AUGGGAAAUUGCCUUUGUAAAUUAAGAGAUCCAGAUUUAUUUAUUAUAAAUUUUUUAAAUAAUUUUUACAAAAAUGCAUAUAAACAUGUUUGUAGUAACACAUAUAUCAGUGGGUUGGGAAAUGGGAUAAGUAGUUUUUUUUCAGACCUUAUGAAGAGAUGCAGUUUGACAAAAAUAUGGGGAAAUAAUAAUAGAAAAAAUCACGUAAAUAAUAAUACGUUGGGGUCACAGCAAAAUGAUAACUACAUAUUUCGAGCUUUGUAUGAAAUGACUAGCUAUGAAAAAACGUUAUUGGCAAUCUCUUUAAUAUUUUUAGGAAUUAAUGCAAUUACAAACUUAAGUUAUCCUAAAAUUAUGGGAGAAUGUGUAGAGGGUGAAAAUUUGAAAUUUGACCGAUCCAAUAUUAUUGUAAAAGUGUUGCAAAAAUUAAAUAUAUUAGAAAAGUUUAAAUUAAAUUCAAAUAAAAGUAUAAGUGCCAUGUUAUAUUUUUUACCUUAUUUUAUAUGUGGGGGAAUAGCAUCUUAUUUUCGUAUUUACUUUACAAAUAGAUGUAUAAAAAGAAUAGAAUAUAGAUUAAAAAAACAAGUUCAUAAUAAAAUAAUUAAUGAAAAUAAUGAAAAAUUUAAAAAAUAUAAAUCUAAUGAUUAUUUAGUAAAUUGUCUAUUUAAUGAGAUUCAAUUUUCUUCAAAAGAACUUAUAACAUCGAUUACACAAAUGUUACGAUAUACUAAUUCUAUAGUUGGUGGUAUUAUGUCUAUGUGCUUGAUUUCAUCGUACUUAACAAAAUUUUGUAUAUUCAUUGUUCCUACAUAUGGAUUUUGUGUAUUAAUUAUAUUAAAAAAAUUAAAAAAUAUAAAAAUAGAAAUAAAUAAUUUUGAAGAAAAACAAAUGGAAAGAUUUUCAGAUUCUUUACAAAAAAAAAAUAUUAUAACAAUAUUUGGAAAUGAAUAUUAUGAAAACCAACAUUUUUCAAAAAUUAUAAAUUUAACAGAAAAAGAACAUCAAAAGUAUAUUAACUCUGAAUCAAUGUUUUAUUCCUUUUUAAAUAUUGGAACUAAUUUAGUAAUAUGUACUAUUUUAAGUUUUGGAAAAAUCGAACUUAAUAAUAAUCGAAUAACUCAUGGACAGCUUGUUUCUUUUAUUGCUUAUAGUAGUAUGCUUGGUUUAGGUAUCGUUGGUAUUUUAAAACUUAAGAAAGAUAUUAAUUUAUUAAAAUUAAGUAUGAAAAAAAUUUAUGAAAUUUUGGACUUUUCCCCAGAAACAAAUAAUACCACUACUAGUCUUACUGAUCAGGUGGGAAGCGAUAAAAGUAAUGACUUAUCUUUAUCUAAUGCAAACUUAAGUAAUGUCACACAAUUAGAAAGUUCAAUCCAAAGUGAUGAGAAGCAUGAACAGAAUAACAUUAUUUGCGAAAAAAUUGAAGGAAACAUAAAAUUUGAAAAUAUAAAUUUUACAUACAAUAAAUUUGAUAAUGAUAAAAAAAUAAUAUUAAAAAAUAUAAAUUUUGAAAUAAAAAAAAAUGAAAAAGUAGCUAUAAUAGGAAAAAGUGGAUCAGGAAAAUCAACCAUAUGGAAAUUAUUAACUAGACAAUAUGAAUAUGAAGGUAAUAUUUAUAUAGAUAAUUAUAAUAUUAAAAAUUUUGAUCAAACUUAUUUAAAAAAAAGUAUUUUAUCAAUAACUGAACAAGAGUGUUGUAUACUCAACAGGUCUUUAUACGAGAAUAUUGUUUAUGCACUAUUACCAACAAAAGUGUCAGAUAAAAAUGGCGAAAAAGAUUUACUACUAGACAGUAUUGGAGAGAGUGGAAAAUUAGCCAAUGCGACUACUACAAAUAAGGUCAGCACCAUUGAAAAUGAAGAUCAACACAUAAAUAACAAACUAGACGAUAUACAAAAUUGUGAUCAAAUGCUACUAGAAAAAUAUGGAGAUAAAAUAAAUACAAUAAAUUCAACAAUAGAUAUACUAUGUAAAGAAUUAAACUUAGAUGAUUUUAUAAAUUCAAUGCCACAAAAUAUAUUAACUAAUGUUAAUAACAAUUCAAUGUCUUCUGGACAAAAACAAAGAAUAUCUAUCAUACGAUCAUUAAUGAAAAAUAGUUCUAUAUAUAUAUUUGAUGAAAUUACUUCAUUUCUAGAUGAAUCUAAUAUAGAUAAAGUAUAUAAUCUUAUUCAUACAUUAAUACCAGAUAAAACUAUUAUAUAUAUUACACAUUCGUUAAAGCAUUUAAAAGAAAUGGAUAAAAUUAUUAUUAUUGAUCAGGGUACUAUAUCAGCUAUAGGUACUUAUCAAGAACUUAAUAAACAUCCAUUAUUUUUGGAAAUAUUUUCUCUAUAA